AUGCACCUUCGCCUCCACCGGGCCAGGUCGGUGGUCUUAACGACUCAAGAUCAGGAGCCCUAUCCCCUUCUCGCUGUACUCGUCGAGAUCCGUGCUGCUCAGCGCACCUUUGAGGGCGCCUACAUGCGCACCGCCCUCUCCCAGUUCUCGUUUGCCCUCAUCAUCCUCAAGAUCUUCACCUCCGAGUUCUACGCCAUCGGCGCCCUCUUCGCCGUGUACGGUGCUGCCGUCAUGCUCGUCGCCAUCUACCGUCGGUAUGAGGGCAACCGCCAGUUCUUCAGUCACAUGGAAACCGACGGCCAUGCCACCAAGAAGUUCCGUACCGCUGGCAACAGCGUCGUCCUUCUAACCUUCCUCAGCGUGUGCGCUUACGUUACCCUCCUGGUUCUCACAUGGCGACUGUCUAGUUGA